AACUGGCGAAUCAUAUUGCUUCUCACAAAACCUAGAGCACGUGAUGCUAUCAAUAAGCCAAUUAGAUCUGCUAUUUCAAGCCAAUUCUUCCGGAAUGUUGGAAGAUGCACCGAGGAAGAGCAAAAGAGACCGGAAUUAAACGCGCCAGAAGAAAAUCAAGCGAGUAUGGUUCGUGUAACAUUUUUACAUCCUGAUUUGGGAAUCGGCGGUGCCGAAAGGUUAGUCGUUGACGCGGCACUGGCACUAAAAAAGAAAGGUUAUGAUGUUAGUUUCUUGACAACUCAUCACGAUCUCAAUCAUUGUUUUGCUGAAACAAAAGAUGGUACAAUUCCUGUGACAGUCGUUGGCGACUGGUUGCCACGAAAUGUGUUUGGAAAAUUCUUCGCUCUCUGCGCUUACAUACGUAUGGUUUAUGCCGCGAGUUAUAUAUACUUUAUGAAUCAACGUCCUGAUAUUGUCUUCUGUGACCUGGUAUCAGUUUGCAUUCCUGUUCUACGCUUAUACAUUCCACAUGUGGUUUAUUACUGUCAUCAUCCUGAUUUACUGCUGUCGCAUCCUGGUGGACACUGGAAAUCAUUGUAUCGAGCACUGCUUAACUAUCUCGAGGAAGUGACCACGGGACAGGCUGAUAAGGUAUUUGCUAAUAGCAAGUAUACACAAAGUGUUUUUAAGGAGACAUUCAAGAGACUCAGGAUCAAGCCUGAGGUCUUAUAUCCUUCCAUUAAUACUGAUUUCUUUGAUAAAACACGAGUCGUUUCCUUGGAGCGUGCUUUGGAUAAGAAAUUACCUGAGGAUAGUUUUAUAUUGCUGUCAAUAAAUCGUUAUGAGCGCAAGAAGCAUCUGGCACUUGCGAUAGAAGCAUUAGCUCAUUUAAAAAAAUAUGUUACUGAUUCCGAAUAUAAGAAAGUUUAUCUAAUUCUUGCUGGUGGAUAUGAUAAGAGAGUGGAGGAAAAUGUUGAGCAUUAUUUAGAAUUGAUCGAACUAGCUGAUGAAUUGCACGUUACCGAUAAAGUAAUCUUUCUGCGCUCACCCUCGGACAUUGACAAAGUCUCAGUUUUGAGGCAUUGCAAUGUUUUAAUUUAUACUCCACCAAACGAACAUUUUGGUAUUGUACCAUUGGAAGCAAUGUAUGCCGAGAAACCAGUGAUUGCCCAUAAUUCUGGUGGGCCAACUGAAUCAAUAGUGAAUGGUGUGACUGGUUAUUUAGUAGAAGGAUCGGGCGAAGCCUUUGCUGAAAAGAUAGCACACUUUAUCAAGAAUAAGAACUUAGCAAUACAAUUUGGAAAGGCUGGUAAAAAUAGGUUUUUGGAAUUAUUCAGCUUUGCUGCAUUUGGCGAUCAGUUGAAUAGAUCGAUAGAAGCUUUAGUGAAUAAUCAGAAGGAAAACUAAUAAAGUUAUUAAAAGAAAGUAUUUAGGAUAUCUAUUAUACUGUACAGGGUUUAAGAUUUUUCAUGAACAUACUGUUCUGUUAACAUCAAUUUAUUCAUACAUAUUUUAUCUCUUGCAUAUGACUUGCAUAAAAAUUUAAAUAUAUAUUUUAUUUAUAUAUA